CGAGCUCCUCCCGUUUCCGUUUCCUCCCUUCUCCAGCCCGCCUCCUUCAGGAACUUCCUGCGUUACUGCGCAGGCGCCACCCUACUAGCCACACGUGCGCGCACGCGCUUCCAUUUCCAAGGCAACGCUCCCUCCUCUCGCAAGAAGAGAUCACCGUCGGACCCUUUCUCCCCGGCCCCCUCCCUCCCGCGCUCUAUUCCACCUUGCUCCCGCGGUCCAAUUUUCACGUUUUGAUUGGCCCCACGCCCCGGGGCUGGGCUUCCGCGAGCUCACGUGACUGUGCGCAGGCGCAGGCUGAGAACCGGUGCCGAGUCGCGGCUGCGGGAAGUUGAGCACGAUGCAUAGAGAACAGAGUCCCUCUGCUUCCCUCAUUGAUAGAACCAUCAAGAUGAGAAAAGAGACCGAAGCUAGGAAAGUAGUUUUAGCUUGGGGACUCUUAAAUGUUUCUAUGGCCGGAAUGAUAUAUACAGAAAUGACUGGGAAAUUACUAAGUUCGUACUACAAUAUUACAUAUUGGCCCCUCUGGUAUAUUGAGCUUGCACUUGCAUCUCUCUUCAGCCUGAAUGCCUUAUUUGACUUCUGGAGGUAUUUCAAAUAUACUGUAGCACCUACAAGUCUGGUCAUCAGUCCUGGACAGCAAACACUUUUAGGUUUGAAAACAGCUGUUGUGCAAACCACUCCUCCACGAGAAUUGGUGGCAAACAAUAUCCCUCCUUCCACACCCUCUCCUCCAAUACAGGGUCAAAGUGUGCUGAGUUAUAGCCCAUCUCGCUCUCCUAGUACAAGUCCCAAGUUUACUAUGACAGGAUAUAGCCCUCAGCUUCAAGGUCUGUCAUCAGGUGGCAGUGGUUCUUAUAGCCCUGGAGUGACCUACUCACCUAGCAGUAGUUAUAAUAAGGUGUCUGGUUAUAGCCCUUCCCCCAGUUCUUCUCCAUACCCUACCACCAUCGGUCCAGCAGAGAGCUCUGGCCUGAGAUCUCGGUUCCGUGCCUCACCGACUGUCUAUAACUCUCCAACUGGCAAAGAAGACUAUAUGACAGAUCUCAGAACCCUGGACAAUUUUCUUCGAGGGGAAGAAGAGAAGCAACAUAGGGUCCAGCUGGGGAGUACAGAUUCUACCUCACCUUCUAGCAGUCCUACUUUCUGGAACUAUAGUCGUUCCAUGGGCGAUUACGCACAGACGCUAAAGAAAUUUCAGUACCAGCUGGCUUGCAGGUCUCAGGCCCCAAGUGCUAAUAAGGAUGAAACUGACCUUGGUUCUAAACAGGCUGCAGAAGAGGUGUGGGCAAGAGUGACUAUGAAUCGACAACUUCUUGAUCAUAUGGAUUCAUGGACUGCCAAGUUUAGAAAUUGGAUCAACGAGACAAUAUUAGUGCCACUUGUUCAGGAAAUUGAUUCUGUCAGUACACAAAUGAGAAGAAUGGGCUGCCCAGAGCUACAGAUAGGAGAAGCCAGUAUUACUAGCUUGAAACAAGCUGCCCUGGUCAAAGCCCCUCUCAUUCCAACCUUGAAUACUAUAGUGCAAUAUCUAGACCUUACACCAAAUCAGGAAUACUUAUUUGAAAGGAUCAAAGAACUCUCCCAAGGUGGUUGUAUGAGCUCAUUCCGAUGGAAUAGAGGCGGGGAUUUCAAAGCACGAAAAUGGGAUACAGACCUGCCUACUGAUUCUGCUAUCAUUAUGCAUGUAUUUUGCACUUACCUCGACUCUAGACUACCUCCACAUCCUAAGUAUCCUGAUGGAAAAACUUUUACUUCUCAGCACUUUGUUCAAACACCAAAUAAACCAGAUAUUACAAAUGAAAAUGUUUUUUGCAUCUACCAGAGCAACAUUAAUCCUCCCCAUUAUGAGCUAAUUUACCAGCGUCAUGUCUACAGUCUUCCAAAGGAUAGGAAUAACAUGUUCCAUACACUAUUGAUGUUCUUAUACAUCAUAAAGACCAAAGAGUCAGGAAUGCUUGGGAGAGUUAAUCUUCACCUUUCAGGAGUGAAUAUUUUGUGGGUUUUUGAGAAUAACUCAUUUAAGCUCUUGAUUUUGAGCUCUUUUGACUGGAUCAAAUAAAAAUGUCAACCUUUUUGAAGAUUCUAAGACUCCUAUUUCUCCAUUCUGGAACAGAAUAUAUAACGCUCUGGACAAAAUGAAAUCUGGGGUAGUGAGAAGCUGCUGUUUUUAAUUUUGACAUCUUCUGGAACAAAAAAAGAUUAACUUUGGUUUGCAUAUAUUUCAGGUUUUUGUAACUGUCUGCCAUAAAUAUUGCCCUCUGAAGUUCCUUUGAAAAAAAAUGUUACCCUUUUAAUAAACUAGGGUUUUUUGGAGAGCUUCAGAAAUGAAACCAGUCCAUAAGAUUGCAAAACUUCAUACCCAAGAUAGUUUCACAGUAUGUUUUCAAUUUUUUGAGUAUUUUGGCAUAGGUUAAUAUCUUAAAAGAUAGUAAAUUAUGAACUUGGUAAUUUGUCACCAAAUUUCUUGUCUUAUCAAUCACUCAAAAUAUAACAGCUUAACUUUUGGUUAAAAUUAAUUUAUCAAGAUAACAGUGCUGUUUAAAAAAAAAAAAAGAUUUUGAUAUUAGCUCCAAAGAAUCUGAAUAUAAGUUAAAUUUGAAAUUUUGACAAUUUCAUUCAGCUCUUUGGUUAAGCUUCUCAGGGAUAUUAAGGAUACAUGAGUUAAAAAAAAAUUUUUUUAUAACAUUGAUUUUAAUGACGCAAAUAUACCAUCACAGUAUUAUUUGAACAUUUCUGUUUUUUAAGAUUAAAAGCCUGCCUAUUUAAAACUCCCAGGAAAAGGUUUAAUGCCAAGAGGAAGUAGAUUUUAUAUGUGUGUGUGAUUUCUUCUUUCAAAGAAAGGGAGAAAGGAGUAGAUUGUAGAUAAUUGGAUAUGAAUAUGGUAAAUGACAUUAGAAAAGAAACAGAAUUGCUGGGAUCUAGCAUAGAUUUAUAAAAAUCUAGCAUAGAUUAUCAAAAAAAGUUUGAUACGUCAUAUCAAACUAGUUAUAUUUCCUUGUUUUGACAAUAUUACUACAUCUGGGUAUUGUUGCAACUGUAUCUGGAUUUCCUAAAUGCAAGGCAUUUAACUUUUUAGAUAAGCUGGAAAAAUAUGGAUACCAGUCUAGUUAGAUUUUUUCAUAGCUGGUUAAAACCAUAUGCAAAGAAUGAUCAAAUUAUCAAUUGUUCUCCUAGCAGAACUCUAGCAACAUACUACAAGACUCUGUCUUGCUCUGUUUUUAUCAGUGAAUUCAUUAAAGACAUAAAGAGGUAUGUUUACAAGAUAGAGCUGAUAGAGGCUAGCUAAUUGAUGGGUAGUAGAAUCUUAAUUUCACUUGAUAAAAUGAUGGGCUAGAUUAAACUCAAUAUAAAUUAUUGGUAAUUAUGACAGCUUAAAAAGCUAAUGUGAUUUUAAGGUGUAUUUUCACUUUUAUGUAAUUCUCUAAAGUUUACAAAGCACUUUUCUUACAGAAGCCCUGUGAGAGAUAUAUUAAUGCAACUAUGUUACCCCAAUUUUAUAGAAAGGGUAGAGAAUAUGUUCAUACAAUGCUUAUAAGGGACAAAGCCUAGAUUUGCCCCAUAACUACAAGUCCAGGCUCCUUCCACUAUAUUUCCUCUCUAAUGUCCCCAAAAAAAUUAUUUAUCCAAUUUGACUCAGCAUCAAUAAGAUUAAUGUGAUGUAUUUGUUUUAGCUUAAGAACAUUAGCUGGUCAUGUCUUGGAAGAAAAUGUGAAAUGAAGUUGUUGUGAAUAUAUUAAAAUUUUCAGAAUUCAGUAGAUGGUGAUAGAAAAUGUUGUAAAAUAGUUGGUGAGAAAGUGAAUAUUAUUUGUUUUAAGAUGUGUAAAACCAGAAUAUUCUUUCCUUUCCUUUAUGUCUUCUACCCAAGAUUUUCAAAAAAUUAAACCCAUGAUAGAUUUUAUUUAUAUUGACAUAUUGGCAUGUAAAGAACUGGCUAGAUAACAUACUUAGAAAACAACAAAAAAUGUUUUCUAUGAGUAUGAAGACUAUAGUCUUGUGUAUUAUUGAACCGUAAUUGGACUUUGACUUAAACAUAUGUGUUUUUAUUUCAGUUCCAUUCUAAGGUUAACCAAGUUUUGUGCAUUACCUAAAUAACUGAGGAAUCUGUUAACUUUUUAGUAUUACUACUGCUACUAAGAACACUGGGAAACAGUUGAACUUCUAAAAGAAUUUCAGUGUAGUAAUGGUGGCUUGAGAGCUUUGUUUUAAAUGAAAGAAUUUGGAUUACAUUGGUAGUAUGUCAUCUUUCAAUUUCUAAAAAAAAAUUUUUAAGUGUAUUUGCUGUGUUAACAUUUGUAUGUUCUCUUUUCUUUAAAUUUCUAAAAAUUAAAAAUAGUAUCUUAGAUGUA